UCUAAUAAAAAAAAAUAUAUGGAAGUAAUUUUUGUUUAUAAUAAUAAACCUCACGCUUAAUUUUUAUUGCCUCACCGUUUGUAGGGAGGCCAAAAACCACAUACUUUAUUUGUUUAUGGUUUCCAUUGAUGCAGGAUAUCUAUGGUAUUUUUUAUUGUAACUUGUAUGGUAUAUUUUAUUUCUUUUGAAACUGGCAAGUAACGGGAUCUAAACGUUCUCACGACAUCCUAAUCUGUUCUUCUAAAAUGGAAACUUACACAGAUUUAUUAGUUUACAUUUUGUCGUUUCGUGUACUCUUCCACAUUGAUAUGUGUUUCUGAGCCCAGCCAUAGAGUCCUGUACCGGCCAGAGACAGUGCCUACUUAAUCGAAUAUUUGAAGUUCAAACAAAGAACGUUACGGUGUUAUACUGAUAAUACGCCCAGUGAUAAGUGCAUUCUUGUGCGUGGCGGUGUUUAAACUAUAAGUGAAAACUUAAUGGGCAUAGACAGUGAUUUAUUAAUUUUAAGAUUGUAGUGUUUAUGUUCGAUAUAGAUUUGUAUGAAAAUGGGGAAGAAGAAGAAAAAUAACAACAAAAAAGGCGGCAACAGAUUUUUCCGGUGGAUGAAAAGUGACCUACCGGAUGAAGAGGACAAAAAGUCGCCAGUGCUUCUUCUUGGUGUUAACAAGAUAACUGACUCUCCAUCAUUUGUUAGAAGGAGAUCAAUAGAGCCGCAUACAACUGGUUCUAUAAGAUUUUUUAGACCACCAAAGUCUAAAUAUACGAGAGGCCUCCAUGGCGAUGAAAGAUUGGAAAAAAUCCGCCAAGAUCUCUUAAUUCACAAACAUACUAACAAACCGGAUAAUUACAUUCCAAAUGACCAUGACAUAUCUGUUGAAAGGGAAGAGAAACAAUGUCUUAGAUUGAAUUGUGUUGGUAACUGCGUCUGCGAUGGAAAGAAACGGUCGUCCGAUAGAGGUUCGUUUUCUUUCCAUAGACCUGAGAACAGACAGUCUUCUUUAUGCCCCUCAGAGCCUUACCGCAAAUCAGAAGAACCCAAAGAUUUUUCAGAAAACGAUAUAGAAUUCAAAUAUAGAGAACACAUUCCAAUUCCACAGCCUUCCAGCAGUAAACAAAGUUCAUACAGUGUAACUCCAAAAUCGACGGAACGUCGACAUUUCCUUUUAGCUAACCUGAAUGAAAGAUUUCGGAAGACGCUUAGUUUAGAUUCCCGGAAAGUUGAAACUAAUCGUGUCCCGUUGAGUCUCCCUAAAGAAUCUCGUCCUAAGUCCCUCGUUAAUACGAGUAAUAUUUGCGUGCAUCAUUUUAAAACAAGCGAGCCAUUUGUGACAUCAAAUUUUGACAAGGCUAGCCAACCAAAGAAAAAACGCAAAUCGUUUUUCUCUCUCGACGGUUUAUUCGAUUCAAAGAAAUCUGAUACAUCCUCCGUUGAUGAUUAUUGCUCAUCUAAAUAUAAACGUUUUGAGUUGGAAAGUGAUGACUCACCCUUAUUCAGACGUGAGAAAUCCCCACGCAAUGGGGAGAAAACUCCAGAUCUCCUGAAUCUUCCGGUUAUUAUAGAUUCAGUCCGCAAAAAACAAUCGGACACAAGAAGACAAUUGGAAAAACUAGAAAGCCAUUACUAUAAAAGCUUAAUUAAGUCACGAACUGUUAUAGACGCUGUCCCUAAAGACGCCACCGACGUACAAGGCCCGAGCGGACAUGCCAAUCAUCUAUUCAACGAUGACGAUGACGUAGAAUACAUUGAGCCAAUACGAAGUAACUUCACGAGUCAAAGCACGUUAAUAUUAGAAAAAAACAUUCCAGGAGAUUUAACUUUAAAACCAGAUUCGAUACUAACAAUAAAUACUGAUGAGACUGAUAUAAAAUUACCUAGUUCUACAGUAUCACCAAAGUCCCACGAUGAGAGAAUAGACAAUGAUCUUGACAGUAUUGGUGCUUAUGAAAUAGAAAUUAAGGAAGCCGAUUUGCUAAAAGACUGUUCUAAGGAUUUAACUGUUAAAGUCAUGGACAAAUCUGUGGAUUCAAUUGGCAGUUGUUCUUUGGAUGUCGACGCGAGCACGGAUUUCUCAGAUACCACCUCUGGGAGCUUGAACCUCCUAACACCGUCGUCCACGACAAGCCGCAUACGGGACUUCACGUCUAGAAUCCAGGAACGAGCGUCUAAUCAGCCCCCUCAAGUUACCCCAAUACCUACCCCCACACGCUUACUAGAUGACGCCACACCUACCCCGAAAAAAUCAGAUAACCUUUUGAAACCACCCCCGAAACUUCACGUCGACGCAGGCAGUCACAGAUCUAGGGGACACCAUAAAAAACGUGACGAAGUAACACACAAGAAGCCGAGCUACUUAAACCUAGCUUGCUCCGUAAAUGGGUACACCAAUUUGACAACUUACGACUCAAAAUUGAGGCAGGAUAUAAAUAAGAGUCGGGAAGCAUCACCCAUAAGACCUAUAACACACACGUAUCAGUACAGAACUGAGAAUAACUCCCUUCUUGUACCAGUUCCUGUGAGCGCGAAUAAACUGCUCGUUCCUACCUUCGGACCUCAUGAUACACGCACGGAUUUGACAGCGAAAGCGCCUUCCAAGGCGCACACAGAUCCAUAUUUAGCAACGUCACCGCUACAUGUAUACAUGGCAGCCGAAAAUAAGCAACUAAAGAACGACUUCUUAGGCCCCAGCAUGACGACUACAAGUAGACAAUACAUCUCCAACGAGAGCAAAAAUUUCGCCGCCUCCAUGCUACGACAAAAGGAUGAAGUGGACAAUGCUAAAGAACUAACAACGUUCAAGUCAAGUUACUCCGAAACGAAUUUUAGGAAGACUGUUACAACAAAUGGAAAGGAAUCACGUUUUGUGAGUUCAGAAUCGUAUACAAUAUCAUCAAACGGCAUGUCCAAGCGUGUAGAAAUUACGAAAGAAAACGGUGAAAAGUUGACGAGUCCAAUGAAGAGUUUUAUACAGCAACGCGUGGAAAGACUAUACGGACCAGGUGCACUCGCUCAGGGUUUCUUCAAUCAGAAAAGGCAUAAAUUAAAGAGCCUGAGCGACGAAGACGAACCAAAAGUUUUGACAGAGAAAUCUAUGAACUGUCCAAGCGAAAGGUUCGUGACGCCACGGAAAUCGGAGAGUUUCGAGAGCGAAAAUAUGUAUUCUAGUCCCAAUGGUGAAUCAGAUGUAUCUCUGCCUGUGCUCAGGCAUCUGAGGCCAGAGUUCAGGGCGCAAUUGCCAAUAUUGUCACCAAAGAAGAGUAUGAAGCCUGAACUGUCGCCUCAGAAGCCCGAAAACAUUCCAGUACCCGAGAAGACUGAAGAGGAUGCCAGUGAUGUAAUUACAAAUGGUUUGUCUGUGAUAAAUUUGGAUGAUGCAAAAGAGAAUGAAGCGGUGAUUUGUGUUAAUGAGCCAGUGAUUAGUGUUAAUGGUGGGAAGAGUAAUGGUGUGCAGGAAGAAGUGAAAGAUGGACAUUAUUUCUUGGAUUUGGAGAAAAAGGAGACGGAGAGGCUGUUGGCUCUAUCCGUUACUGCGGAGAAAGAACUAGAAAAUCUACAAAAUGAAGAUGUCAGUGAGGAGAUUCUCGGUCUGCUCCGCUCAGCAGCUGGCAAGGCGCGUCUGCUGGCUACGCAGAAAAUGCAGCAGUUUGAAGGUCUCUGUUACAACAAUAUCAACGAGAGACUUGAUGAGCCAUUCCCCACUACAGUGGAGGACCUCCAAGGAUUCUGGGAUAUGGUGUGCCUCCAAGUGAAGAAUGUUGAUGCUUUGUAUGAGCAUAUAGCACAGCUAAAAGCCAACAACUGGAAGGAGGUAUCGAACCCGAGCCCCCGCGCGGCUGCAGCCCCCUCGGGUACUGCGUCGACGCCCCGGCCGCGGCGAGCGGCGCCGCCCCCCAACAACGAGCGUGCGCGUCGUGCCGCUGAAAAACGUGAGGCUGACCGGAAGGCCAUGUUGGAACAUAGAAGGCGUGUCGCGCGCGAGCGUCAACAGGCGGCGCGGUCAUCAGCACCGGGCUGCAGUCAGGACACGCAGGAGAUGGGCAUCGAGGGAAGUCAGGAAGUGGAAAUAUUUGUGGGCAAGAGUGCGAUGUCUUCGAAGGUCGCACCAACUGGCGACUGUCGCAGCACCAACCGUUCCGAGGAUUCCAUCGAACAGAGCUGAUUCUACAGCUCCUAGUGACAACUCACCUACUGCAACUGAACAUGGAGUUGUACAAAGAGACAAUGUAUUUCUGAAGUGCUAGUGAUAAAAAUUAACAAGUGAUUUUAACGAUGUGAAUGAAUCAAGAUUGUCAGUUGAUUGAUUAAUGCAACACGGAAUCAGUGAUAAUUGUUUAAAAAAUCAGUAAUUGUAAAUUAAUAAGUUAUUAAAAAUCUUAAUAUUCGUAUAAUAAUGCUUGAAAGUUAUGUAGUAAUAUUGACACUGUAAAUUAUUGUCCGAAACAUGAAUUUAUUAUAAUAUAAUGUAGGUAUUAAUUGUCAGUUGGAAUAGGUUUGUGAGUGGGGACCGAUUAAUAAUUAUGAUGGGAAACAACCAUGGUAGUGCCCAGGGAGGGGGUACCUGCGGAUAAUAAGCUCUCCUGAAACUAGUAAGAUGUGUUGAUAUAUUGUAUGUUAUGAAAUUAGUAUAAUUUUUGAAAGGAAGCAAAGCAAGUAAGAUUUUUAAUGGCUAGGAUGUAAUAAAAAUAAUAUAAUUUUUAUACACAAUAUCAAUAUAUUUAUGAAUUAUUUAAUUAACAUGUCCAAUAUACAUGCAUCGUACAGAGUCAUACACGUGUAAUUUUUCAAUAAAACUGUCAUAUGACAGACAAAUUUCUUAGUAUUCCAUUACAUUGCAGACCCGGCACUAGCAAAGUCUCUGAGUGCUGGUGCCGGGUUGGUCGUCUAGGUGUAGGUUCAAGGGGCUUCUUGCCGACAUACAUCAUUGCAUCAUCCGUCGUCCGUCGUGGCGAACGUAAGUGAAGAGGCGGUAUGCGCGCGCCAGCUGUAUUUUUUGAAAUGCGUUUCAAUCUUAUGUUGUUUUAAAUAAGGAUAUAAUUUGUUAAAAAGAAGUCACGGUGUUGCGGGCACAGAUCUGUGACAAGACGGUAAUACGGUUUAAGAGGGGUGCACAAACGUCAAAACUGUGUCAAAACGUUGGAAGGGUUAACCUUCAAAUAAAUAACAUUAAAAAUCUUACUUGCUCUGACUUAAAUGCUGGUUACACCCAUUCACCACCAUCUAUUGUUUACUAAGUCUUUGAUUUUUAUAAUGAACUAGUUACUCGCCCCGGCUUCGCACGGGUGUACAUGUAUUAUAUAUAUAAACCUUCCUCUUGAAUCACU